UGGGCCUUCAUCAGCUGCAGCUCACUCAGGCUCCUCGAGCAAAAUGAUGGACUUCGCGGCGCUCUCGCCGCUACUCUUCCUCUUCUUCGUUCUGCUCAUCCUCAAACUGGUCAUCGACCGCUACGCAUCGCCAACCCGCGGGCAACGGCUGCCACCCGGCCCAUGGCAGCUGCCGCUCAUCGGCAGCCUGCACCACCUCCUGCUGUCGCGCUCCGGGGGCCUGCCCCACCGGGCCAUGCGCGACCUCUCCCGCGCCCACGGCCCGCUCAUGCUCCUCCGCCUCGGCGCCGUGCCCACGCUCGUCGUCUCCUCCGCCGAGGCCGCCAGGGAGGUCAUGAAGACCCACGACGCCGCCUUCGCCAGCCGCCACCUCAGCGCCACGCUCGACAUCAUCAGCUGCGGCGGCAAGGGCAUCCUCUUCUCCCACUACAACGACCGCUGGCGCGAGCUCCGCAGGAUCUGCGUACACGAGCUCUUCAGCCAUCGCCGCGUGCUCUCUUUCCGCCCUGCGCGGGAGGACGAGGUCGCUCGCCUCGUGCGCGCAGUGUCCGACGGGUGCCGCGGUGGCCAAGCCGUCAACCUCAGCGAGAAGAUGUGCCGGAUGACCAACGACUCCGUGGUGCGCGCGGCCAUCGGCGGGAGGUGCCACCACCGCGACGAGUUCUUGCACGAGCUAGACGAGGCCGUGCGGCUCACCGGCGGGAUCAAUCUCGCUGACCUGUACCCGUCGUCGCGGCUCGUGCGCCGGUUCAGCGUCGCCGCGCGGGACAUGGUCAGGUGCCAGAGGAACAUCUACCGCAUCGUGCAGAGCAUCAUAAAAGAACGCGCCGGCGCGCAGGUGCCGGAGAGAGGCGAGGACCUGCUCGGCGUCCUCCUCAGGCUGAAGAAGGACGGCGGCCUGCAGUUUGAACUCACCACCGAGAUCAUCAGCACCGUCAUCUUCGACAUCUUUUCUGCUGGGAGCGAGACAUCGUCGACGACGCUCGAAUGGGCCAUGUCGGAGCUUAUGAGAAACCCACGAGUUCUCCACAAGGUGCAGUCGGAGGUGAGAGAGGCCUUCAAGGGGCAAGACAAGCUGACCGAGGACGACAUCGUCAAGGUGAGGCUGGGCUACCUCCACCUGGUGAUCAAGGAGGCCCUGAGGCUGCACCCGCCGGCGGCGCUCCUGCUCCCACGCGAGUGCCGCGAGACGUGCCGGGUGAUGGGCUACGACGUGCCCAAGGGCAGCAAGGUGUUCGUCAACGUGUGGGCGAUGGGGAGGGACGACAGGUACUGGGGCGACGCCGAGGCAUUCAGGCCGGAGAGGUUCGAGAACAGCACCGUGGAUUUCAAGGGCGCCGACUUCGAGUUCCUCCCCUUCGGAGCCGGCCGGAGGAUGUGCCCCGGCAUGUCGCUCGGGAUGGCCAACAUGGAGCUGGCGCUCGCUAGCCUCCUUUUCCACUUCGACUGGGAGCUGCCCUGUGGCGUCGGGGCCGAAGACAUGGACAUGACGGAGACCUUCGGUAUCACGGUGAGAAGGAAGUCCAAGCUCUGGGUGCACGCAAAACCCCACGUUCCAUGUACUCCCUCGGAUCGGAGGUAGUAGCUGAUUGGUACCCCUGGCCAAUAGAUCCGUGUAGCGGCCUUGCACGAUUGAAUACACUGUCUAAAUCUCGGUGGGCUGUUUUAUACAGUAUGUACUCAUUUGUUUCUUUGUCCAAGAGUUUUGAUUGUAUCGACGGAGAACUGUAGAUGCCAAAUGCAUCCAAUUCGGUAGCUAUCACAUGAACAACCAUGGGGGGACGUACGUGUGCUCGGGUGCAAGUGAAACUCUAUGUCCCACGGGCAACAGUAUUCACCAGCUAGAAUACUUCUUGGCCACAAAAGUCUCUUAUCUCAAUGUUGAU